AUGAAAGGAAAAGCUCCCUGUUCAAUAAUAACUGAUGGCGAUCUGGCUAUGAGGAAUGCUAUAACAAGAGUCAUGCCAGGUGUUUUUCACAGAUUGUGUGCAUGGCACUUAUUGCGUAAUGCAUUGAGCCAUGUUCGAGACAAACAUGUUUUGAAAUGGUUGAAGAAGCUAAUGCUUGAUGAUUUUGAAGUGGUCGAAUUCGAAGAAAAAUGGAAAGAGAUGGUUGCUACGUUUGAAUUGGAAGACAAUAGUUGGAUUGCUGAACUUUAUGAAAAAUGGAUGAAGUGGUCUACUGCCCAUUUGAGGAGUCAUUUUUUUGCGGGCAUACGGACAACAUCUCAUUGUGAAGCCUUCCAUGCACAUGUUGCAAAAUAUGUUCAUUCACGCACUAAUUUAACCGAUUUUGUAGAACAAUUUCAAAGGUGCCUGACAUAUUUUCGAUAUAAAGUGGUUGUGGCAGAUUAUUUGUCAACAUGUGAGAAAGAAGUUUUGCAAACAAAUCUUCGAUCUCUUGAGCGGUCUGGUGAUGAAUUGUUUACAAAGGAGAUGUUUAAACUUUUUCAAUAUUAUCUAUGUAAGACUAUUAAGCUAAGAGUCGUUGAUUGCAAAGAGAUGGUCACGUUUUCAGUUUACAUAGUUGUGAAGUAUUGUAGUGGAAGUGUUUGGCGUGUGUCAUAUUGCCCAUCAACGGUUGACUUUACAUGUAGUUGUAUGAGAAUGCAAUCCAUUGGUCUUCCAUGUGAUCACAUAUUGGCCGUGUUGGUUUCUUUAAAUUUUAUGGAGUUGCCAAGUAGUUUGGUUUUGAAUAGGUGGUCCAAACUUGCCACCGAACAGAUGAAAGACAAAUAUCCAGAUUCCGCAAUGUAUUGGGAUUCACAAUUGAUGGCCAGGUAUGCCACUUUGGUUGAAGUUUCUAGACAAGUUUGUGCAGCCGCAUAUUGUGAUGAAGAGGAGUAUGACAAAAUGUUGCAUUUCCUAUCCAAUGAGGCUACAAGGCUGAAGUUGAAGCAAAACAACGAACAUUGUGUUGAUGAUAAUUAG